AGAAAACCUUCUCAUCGUUUUUUUCUAUAUUAUGUAUCUGUUCCAGAUCAUCGCUCGCUGUGAUGUGUGUUUGCUUCAGGAAGUGAGAGAUAGUAAAGAGAAGGCUUUACCAAUGCUGCUUACAAGCCUCAACAGCUAUGAUGCCAAACAUAAGUACGAUGCUGUGGCCAGUGAGAGGCUGGGCAGAUCUGAAUCAUACCAGGAGCAGUACGUGUUUGUUUACAGGACUGAUACAGUGAGUCUCACUGACCAGUAUCAGUAUCCCGAUGAUCGACCAGGAGAUGUUGAUGCUUUCUCCAGAGAACCUUUUGUUGUCCGCUUCAAAGCCCCCAAGACAACUAUAAAGGAGUUUGUCCUCAUACCCCAGCACACCACUCCAGUCAACACCACUAAGGAGCUUGAUGCACUGUAUGAUGUCUUACAACAUGUGAAAAAGAUGUGGAAAACUGAGAAUGUGAUGCUUCUUGGUGACUUCAACGCUGACUGCGGCUACCUCGCUAAGAAGAACAGGAAGAAUGUGCGUCUGAUUACAGACACAGAUCUCGUUUGGCUCAUCGAAGAUAAAACUGACACCACCGUGCGAUCGACAACCUCCUGCACCUACGACAGGAUUGUUGUGCAUGGGGCAGCAUUUACAAGAGAAAUUGUGCCUCUUUCCGCCAAACCAUAUAACUUCCAAACAGAGUACAGACUCACAGAGGAGCAGGCGCUGGAGGUCAGUGAUCACUACCCAGUGGAAGUUCUGCUGAAGGUCGUCAAGUCAAGAUUCCCUUUCAAUGAUGCAACGUCUCUAACCAGCACAAAGCUCCUCUCUUUGUUUGUCAUCAGCCAUCUUGUCUCUCAAGUGUUCACAUGACAACUGAACAAUAUACUCUGUGGAGCUUUGUUCCUGAGGACAAUUUCAGGACAGAUUAC